AGUAAAUUAAGACCACAAACCCAUCUCCCUCGUCCCUCUCUCCCCGAAACCCUCACCUACAUCCGCCCAUGCUUCCCUUCCCAUCUCUGUCCAAAACCCUAGCUUUUGUCACUCUUCCGGUUUCGCCCAAAACCAUCUUUGUGAACGAACCUUUGCGAUACAGCCUCCAUUAGAGCUAGCUGGGAAGUCAACGACCGGAUUGCGGCUUACAGAGACCGCCGAAACUCCUUCUUUCUUAUCCUUCCGCUCCGCUCCUACCAGAAACCAUUGAGGAAGGAUAUAGCUUAAAUCCUGCAUAAAUCCUGCUUAAAACCGGAUACCAAGCAGCCCCCAAAGGGUAGCAUACAGCCCCUUAGACGGGAUUGAACGGUAGUUCUACUUGGGGCUGCCGAUAGGUCGGAAACAAGACGUCGGCAGCGAAAUGGCCGCCGGAAAGCGGAAGCAUCGUGAUAAAGAGGCUGGGGAAGGAGAUAGAGAGGAUGGGGAAGAAAUAAAAAAGGCCAAAUUUUUACCUUCGAUUAUAAAAAACAAGGAGAAGCGUAGCAAAGUGUACGCUGAUCUUAAACGCGAUAAGCGGUCUGCGAAGAGGAAGCAAACCAAGGCCCGUGAAGCCGCCGAGAAGAGAGCUCUCGAGCUUGGUGAGGAACCGCCUCUAAAGAAGAUUCCUCGGACCAUCGAGAAUACAAGGGAACCGGAUGAGACAGUCUGCAAGCCUAAUGAUGAAGAGUUGUUUGCAGCAAAUGAUGCUGAUGAAUUCAGCAAGAUUUUAAAGCAAGAGAUAGCUCCAAAAAUAUUGAUUAGCACAUGCCGCUUCAACUCAACUAGAGGACCUGCUUUCAUUCAAGAAUUGUUAACAGUUAUUCCAAAUGCCCAUUAUUAUAAGCGAGGAACCCAUGAACUCAAAAAGAUUGUAGAGUAUGCCAAAAACAAAGACUUCACAUCAAUUGUAGUUGUUCAUACUAAUCGUCGAGAACCAGAUGCGUUGUUGAUAAUCAACUUGCCUGAUGGACCAACCGCACAUUUUAAGGUUUCUAAUCUCGUUUUACGCAAGGAUAUUAAGAACCAUGGGAAUCCUACAAACCACAAGCCAGAACUUGUUUUGAAUAACUUCACUACUCGCCUCGGAUGCCGAAUUGGUAGGAUGAUACAAUCACUUUUCCCUCAAGAUCCUGUCUUUCGGGGUCGUCGUGUUGUAACAUUCCAUAACCAAAGAGAUUUUAUAUUUUUUCGCCAUCACAGAUAUAUCUUUGAAACCAAGGAGAAAAAGGAUGAUACAAAGGAUAAAAAGGCUCAGAGUGCCCAAAAUAAGAUCAACACUCAAGGGCGAGUCAUUGCACGCCUUCAGGAAUGUGGUCCUCGCUUUACACUUAAAUUAGUCACCCUGCAGCAUGGAACCUUUGAUUCCAAGGGCGGAGAAUAUGAAUGGCUCCAUAAGGCGGAUAUGGACACGAGCCGCAGGAGAUUUUUCUUGUAGGCUAGAGAUAUCAAUCAUCUAUUAGGAGGAUUUUUCUCUUAGCUUUCUUCAGAGGGCGCACGCUUUGGUUUGUCUCAUGCAUCAGUAAUUAGUGAAUAUCUUAUUUCAACAAAAAUCAUUUAAUUAUUUUGCUGUUCAACUGUUAGGACGGAUAAAUCAAGGAAUUUUGUUUUUUGCUU